CAAUAACAAUUAACAACACUAGGUAUGUUUCGGCCUGAGAUGUUACUACCUAUGGGACUGCCUGAAGGAGUAAAUGUUAUUGGGUUUGGAUUAUCUCUUGAGCGCCCAACUAUGAUCAAAUACAAGAUAAAUAAUAUAAGGGAUCUCGUUGGACACAAAGUGAACCUGGAUAUGGUGAAAAGAAAUCCUAUCUGUAGAAUCGAUAAGAAGAGUGGAGUAGUUGGCAAGCAAUUAGAGAUGAUUAACAAAAGAUAUGACAAAAUUGAGAACAGACUUGAACAAAUUGGACUCAAACUUAAAGCUUUAGGGUUCAAAUCAACUCCGGGAUUCAAACCUUCCUUUUCUACUGGGUUCAGCCCGGAUAUUAUUAUUAGAUGUGCUGUAAACCGACCGCCUGUAAGUGUACUUUCGAUCCUACAGAUCCUUCGAAAGUUGUACAAGGUGUACACAACAACACAUACACACUCUUCUGUACACAAUAAAGGAAGCAUGACUCUACCAGAAUGUUCUGAUGUAUGCCGAGGUGAUGCUGAUGUUAGGUUGACCCUCAUAUAUGCUGAUAUUCCUUGUACAACACUUAGCACUGGAAAUAGUACGAUUCAGGGAGAAGAGAAUGCAGUACGUUAUCUAGUUCGUCUAGCAGACAAACGUCAAGUGACAAACCUAUACGAAGGCCUUCAACUUCAACAGAUUUGUCAAAUUGAUUCAAUUCUUGACAGGUUGAGGGACGGAAGCAAGCAUUCCGUAAACACGGUUGUAGCCUCCAGUCUGUCUAAACAGAAGUUUAUUCUUGGAGCCAAUCUUACCAUUGCAGAUAUACUUACCCAUAGUUUGUGUGUCCAGCUCCAGUUGACCAGCCCUGUAAUUGAAGCUUGGGGUCAACGGAUUAAACUUAAAGUUGAAAACUUGAAAGUUUAACUUAUCUAUACAAUAUGGCGAACAAAUAAAAAUAUUUGCUCAGA